AUGGCUCGAUCCAUCGCCCUUGCUGCCCUUCUCUACGCCCUCCCCAUCGCGGCCAAAACAAACAUUGAAGGCUGCACAUCUUUCACCAGUACCGUCACCGUCAGACCCGAACCCGGAUACGGAAACACAUACGAGCGAGUCAUGUGGUACGUCUCCGACACUCUCGAGAUUUGCGAAGGUGUCGACUGCGGAGGAGGCCGUGCUCCUCCCAAGAGCGUCCCUGGAUGCCCUCUGUACAAGGGCACCGAGACCGUGACGCCCAGGUUCUUGGAAAGCGACCCCAUGGCUCCCGCGACCCCUCCACCCCUUGUAACCAGCUCUGGUUCCGUUCUGAUUUCGGGUGUCUGGUACUCUGACAGCGACGAGACUGCCACUGGUGAUUACACUGGUAUUGGUUUGCCUGAAGAGACUAAUUGGUCUGACAUUAGUACUGACGGAGAGACUAUCACUGAGGAUUUCUCUUACACCGGUACUGUCUCUUCCAUGCUGACCACAGUCACCUCGACCCCCGCUGUCUCAACUCACAAGUCUAAUGGAACUGCCACCACUGCUGCUGGAACCGACGGUUCUGAUGGAGCUUCCGACGGUACUGCCAAGCCUACUGUCGUCGAUGUUGACAACGCUGGUGCUGGGGUCAUGGUUAAGGCCGCUGGUGUUCUUGCUGCUGUUGCCGGUGCCGUUGUCUUGGCUCUAUAA